CGGUAUGCAACGAUGCGGGCUGGCGCUGCUCUACUGGGCGAUGCUAAUGAUGAUGGCGCGUCAUACAACUGGAGGUCGUGCGUCACAGCGCAGUGUGCGGCCCGAGCUCUGCGCACUGGACCUGGACGCGUCGAAUGCGGCGCUGGACUUGGUGCGCAUCGCACCUGCCCGCGACGCCCCGCGCGUGCUCUGCUUUGUCAACACAAUUUCACCGCACCACGAGACAAAGGCCCGCGCGAUUCAAGACACGUGGGGUCGCCGCUGCGAUAAGCUCGUGUUUCUGAGCAACGCGACCGAUCCGACCAUCGGAGCUGUGACGCUCGACGCGCCGUCCGACCACGACCACUUGUGGCAGAAGCACAAGGCCAGCUUGGCUUACAUUUGGGCGACGUACGGCCAUGCGUACGACUGGUUUUACAAAGCCGACGACGACGCUUACGUCAUCCUCGAGAACCUCCGCGCCUACUUGCGGUCGCCAGAGAUCGCGAUGCAGACGGACCUCGUGCCGCUUCAGUUGGGCCAUCGCUUCCGCUUACCCGACGACCUCAUCGAGUAUUACGUCCAAGACAAAGCGGUGCUCGACGAGUAUCGACGACGCUGGACCGAUGGGUGGGUCUUCAACUCGGGUGGACCCGGCUACGCCAUGAACAAGCUCUACAUGCAGCGAGCGGUCGCAUCGUUCCCGAGCCGACGCUGCUUGAGCGACGAGACAAGCGACAUGGUGCCGGACGAUGCAGCGAUCGCGUUUUGCAUGGCGUGGGCGGGCGCGACGCCGACCAACACGCGCGACCUCCAUGGCCGAGAGCGCUGGCAUGCCAACAACCCCCAGGGGGUGUACUGGACCAACCCGACCGCGUUUGCACCCUCCAUGUGGUUCAACGAGUUUCAUCGCGACCUCGGCGGCGUCCAGUGGCAGCGCGACUGCUGCUCCGCCGAGACGAUUGCGUACCACUAUGUCUCGCCGCAGCUCAUGCGCCACAUCGAGCGCCAGCUCUACGAGUGCCGGCCAUCGGGACCGUCGGCGCAACCGACGCAGCUCCACUGGGUCGACCAGAAGAGCCCUCAGCCUAUUCUAGACAACGGAAUGUACUCGUGGUCAUAAUAGCAGUAGACCAACG